GGACACGAUGACGUAUAUCCGCUUUCUUUUAGCUAUCGGCUGGCUAGCAAGCUAACAACAACAACCGUUCGGAUAUUCAGAUUACAUUGAAGGACGUGUAAUUGAAUUUCACAGGUGAUCAAGGCAAAGUACAGUAAUUGAGCUUUACAGGUGAUCAAGGCUUAGUACACCCCCUGGAAGCUAAGUUUUCAAUGCGGUGACCAAGUAUCAGCUAAUGUUACAUCUUGCAGCUGGAUAGCAUUUUGUAGUCGUCCGCAUUGGAAGAGACCAUUCUGUUGUUCCAGCCCAACAUAUCUGGGCUAUGUGCAAGGCACCAUAAGACUCCAAGAGGACACUAACAGAUGGUGUAAAACAUGGACCAGGGUGUUGCCGACAGUCCUGCUAUCAUUGUCAUUAAGGCACCCAACCAGAAGUAUGAUGACCAGACAAUCAACUGCUUCCUGAACUGGACAGUGGAUCAACUAAAAACCCAUAUCUCACAUGUGUAUCCCAGUAAACCGAGCUCCAAAGACCAGAGGCUGGUGUAUUCUGGGAAGCUGCUCUUGGAUCACUUAACACUGAAAGAUGUGCUCAGAAAGCAGGAUGAGUAUCACAUGGUCCACCUGGURUGUGCAUCACGCACCCCUCCUGGGUCCCCCAAGGUCCUCAGGAGCCACAGUAACAAGGCCACUGGAGUCCCCUCUACUAGCUCCACGAUGGGUCAGAGCCCCAGUGUCCCCUCCCAGAGUCAAUCAACCUCCUCUGAAGAGAGCUUUGACGGGCUGAGACAUCGGACAGGCCCCGCCCCUAACCAUGCAGCACACCCUGCCUUUAUGCAAGGCUACAUGUGGAACCAGUUCCCGCCACAGCAAGGCCCUCCCACCAACAUGCCAGCCUACCCUGGCAUACAGUACAAUCCCAUGACGCUGCUGUGGUGGCAGCAGGUGUACGCCCGGCAAUACUACAUGCACUAUCAGAUGUUGGCUGYCUCGUCUCACCAUCUCAGGCCUGACCUGCUCUCGGCCCAGCCUGGCCAAUCAGAUCCUCUGAACCCGCCUCCCCCGGAGGAGCGCCAUGGCGACCCCAACAUCCAGUUGAAUGCCCAGGGAGCGGAGGCGCUGCUGAACGAGGAGGAUCAGAACUGUGAUUGGCUGGACUGGGUGUACACUGUGUCAUGCGCCGCCAUCUUGCUCAGCAUAGUCUACUUUUACUCAUCCUUUAGCCGCUUCGUCAUGGUGAUUGGUGCCAUGUUGCUGCUAUACCUGCACCAAGCAGAGUGGUUCCCCUUUAACCUGGAGAACGAACUUCAGAACCCUGGGGACGGGCCCCACCAGGACGAGAUGGAGGCUGACCUUCAUCAUGACCUCCAAGAGACGGAGCGGGUGAUGGAUGACGGCUUAGGGGAUGAUGAUGCGGACAGUGGAGAGGAAGGACCAGAGGAUCCCAAUGGUAUUCCCCAUGUUGGCUUCCUCAAUACAACUUGGUCAUUUAUUGUCACGUUCUUCAUGUCUCUUAUACCUGAGGGGCCCCCCAAUGCUGCCAACUGAGGCAAUGAGCCAUGGAAGUCAGAAUGCCACUAGUGACUGGACUGAAUACACUAUCUUAGUAUGCCCAGUGAGUUCACCCCUAGGUCUACACAAUCAUUGUACAUCUACCUGAUCACAGGGCACUACCGAAGAACUGAAUGGUCACAGACAAAAAGGUUUUGAAGUGAACAACAGAAUGACACUUUGGGGGAAAAUGACAUAAUUUGAAACUUUCAAUAUCAUGAGAUCUAAAUAUUCUUCAGUAUAAUCUUCUCGGUCGUUGUAGUAUAGGAAACUAUGACUUGUAAGAAGACGGAGAACAUUUAUCCCUGUGUAAUAUUAUCUGUUUAAUACAAUGAUAAUUAGCCCUAUUUCUGUGUGAAAGAAUAAUCAAGUAUGUACUGUCUGUAUAGUUGCAAUAAUUGUUAAAUUGUAUAAUAAGUGUAUUAUGUUAAUAUAAACUUCAAGCAAUCAGUUA